GAUUAUCUUCAAGGUCGACAAGGCAUGCAACUAUCUUCUGUCGUCUGCUUUGUAUGUAGACCGUAGAUUUUAUAAUUUUCUGUUUAUGAUAACCCUACAUUAUUUUUACAUUAUUGCUGUGUCUAGUUUUUCUCCAUUAUUGAAAUUGAGGAAUAAUCAAAGCUCUGAACAUCAUACUUGGAUAGCAAUGUUUGAAAUAAUGUACGGUUGAUAGUGUUGAUGAGUUGGAAUGUCAGCUACGGCUCAGCAGUUAUUUGAGCUGAAAUGCAUUGCAAAAUGUACUAAAGUAAGACUGAGUGCAGUUAGUCAAGCCCAAGAGAGGCAGUUGAUAGCACUUGUCCUCAGUUCUGGUGACCUGGUACUGUACCAUACUCUCAAAGAGCAUGAAGAGCCUCAGGUUAGAUGGAUCCCUUGGUUCGAGGAGGCCGCGAAAGAAGUCCAGUGUCUCACUUUUGAUCCUCUAAGCGGAGCCUGGCUCUUGUUGGCAUGUUUUGACGGCAGUCUCCAAAUAGUGCCGAUCUUCUCAUUGUUCGGCCAGCGCACUCCUCCUGAGGCAGCAUUGAACAACUGGUCGCGUGAUGACGUCACCAGCGUUCAUUACGGCAACGCCGCCAACCUGCCAGCCACCGAACUGUGUCCCACGGCAGUAACAUGGUGGGUCAGGCAGUCGCCUGAUGUCGACAGGACUACGAGGGACAUAGCAAUAGUGGGCACGAAAAGUGGUCACGUGAUAUUUGUGUCGCUGUUGAGUGCGACGGUUAUGGGUUCGACAACAUUUGAUGGAGCCAUCACUUCGCUGAGUGUCUGUCGCAGCGAUGACUCACUCUCAGAAGAAACCACUAUCAUACUUCUAGUCACUGGUUUAAAUCAGCAACAAUGGAAAGUGAUUCUUGAACACAGGGAAACUGGAAAUUAUUGGCCGUUUUUGGCAGACUCAAAGCUCAAUGAUUCCAGUAUUUCUUCUGGAAGUUACGAGCCGGAUGAACACAGCAGACUGAGUUUCCCAAGUUUUCCAUCGGCCAGAACACGUCUGCAAGGCUUGAAGCAGCUUUCUGUCGAGAAGCUAACUUCUUUAAGGCAGAAAAUCACUGAUACUCGAAGUAGGGGUUUGGCUGGCGGAUCUUCACUAAAACGAAAGAACAGUUCAAGCAGCGAGGACUCGCUGUCUCGGUUCCGGCUGCCUGUUGAGGGUGGUGCAGAUGGCUCAGUGCCCAACAGUCCCCGGGUGCUCAGCAUGGCCAACAUACAACUCACUGCCCAGCAUCUCCACAAGAGGACCUUCCUCACCAGCUACUACAGUCCUGUCAACAUUGUUACUGUUUUCUGUACCAGUGUGGACAUGAACCCAGUGAGCGUGCAUAAGCUGUGUGUUCCCUGUGGAUCCCUCUUACUGUGUGACCACCUGUUCUACGUCAAAUCAGCUGAUGGCAAGAAGUUGUCCAUUAUCUCCACUCGGCUCUCAGAAUGUCACGCCAACUCUGAGAAGCACCUCUUCAAUAGUGAUGCCCCAUUAGAGUCCAUGUUACAAGAGUUUGUUAUGGAUCAUGAUGAAUACAUAAUGAAUCUUCAUAGGAUCCCAGCUAUUCCAUCUACGGCCAAUGAAAAACUAAUGGAUGGUCGGAAAUCUCAUAGAAAUAAGAAGGGUAAAUCUGGCUGUAGUCAUAUGGAAGUGAAUUGUAAAGAUUUGUGUGCUGUAGUCACUAACUUGGCUGUCUACAUUGUUAAACUCAGGGCAGUGCAUGAAGAAGUGUUGGCCUGUGUGAAGGACGUAGGUAGGAUGGAGGAGGGGGAGAGGCUGGCCCGGAUAUUUGGUCUCGAUCUACAGAAAUUGCUCGAGUUGGCUGCCGAUCAACAGUUGGAUGCUGGCAUGUUGGAGUCUGGCAUUUCCUUGUACACUCUGUCGAAAUGUCGGCCAUUGAAGAGCGUACUGCGUCUAGCGGCGGCUGGUUAUACUGUGCAUAUGUUGCAACACAUCCUGGCUCUGUUGAAGGCAGUGGAGCUGUCCCCCUCGGAGCAGCUGCAUUUGUCCAACCUCUGCCUGCUUUCCUACACCGAGCAGAUUCUCAGGUCCAAAGCGCCAGAACGCAACAAUCUCACCAACAGUUUCAAGGAAUUUCUGAGUGAAAACUCGCAAUACGACGAGGCGUUGGCAGUGAACAUAAUCGCUCAGAGCGGUCUGUGUCGCAUCCUGACGCAUCUCUCCAACAACAGAGGUGUACACACGUUGGUCGCUGACAUUCUCGCUCGUCUGCUCACGCAUUUCAACGACCAAGCACACAGGAUCGAUCUUGAGUUGGCGGAUGGUUUCUGGGAGUGUCUGAGUGACAGUUUGCUGUGGGAAUCAUAUAUAGUUCAUGCAGAUGUGGCGAGGGCUCAUAUCGAUUUUGUGAAACAUAAAUUGCCUCUGUUGACUGAAACCGUACUUGAGAGGCUAGCGUUUGCCUAUGAUCCAUCUCGUCCUGCACUAAGACCUGUAAUCCAUAGGUAUAUCUUGGAGAUCGCAUCUUCUUCUGAAAGUAAACUCAACGGAAUGACUACCAUUGAUUUAGUUCAGUCUCCCGACAGUAUAUUCCCGUUCAGCGAUUGGCUCACACUGUACCUGAUGACGUGUGUGUACUUGGCUCACGCACGCACACUCACUCUCACCAACGUCGAUCUGCUCUCUCUCUCUCCCGAUCACAACCUCUCUCUCUCCGACUGCUCCAAGCCACACUUUCCACAUUCACCGACUGUGCCUCAUCCUUUGCCUGUUCUGGAAACUCCUUUCGUGAAACCUCCUAUUCUAAAUGCUGGCUUCACACAUGCUGGUCUUAUACGCAAUAAACAACUCAUCAUGUGGGGUCAGACUGCUAAUGGUUGCUUAGGUAGUGGACCCAACCUUAAUAAGGCUUCAAACCCUAGUGUGGUGGGGCUGUUUCCGCAACUGUCUCUUUCUGUGAUCGGCGUUGCCUGUGGACGCUUUCAUACGCUUGCUCUCACUGAAAACGGGGUCUACUCAUGGGGCUCCUCAAAAUACGGUCAACUAGGUGUUGGCAAGGUGAUGCAAUCGUCGCAACCACGAUUGGUGGAAACGUUGGCCAAUAGGAGAGUGGUUACUGUCGAGUGUGGCCAGUACCAUUCGAUGGCAUUGACUGAUGAUGGAAAAUUGUAUACAUGGGGCUGGGGUGUCCAUGGGCAGUUGGGACACGGAAGCGUUGAAGACUGUCACUACCCUACGCUCGUCCAAAAUUUAUCAAAUCAGAUGUGUGUGUCAUGCAGUGGUGGGCACGCGCACACACUUGCACUGAUGGCGAGCGGACGCGUGUGGGCGUUUGGGUCGAGUGUGUUUGGCCAGCUGGGAACCGGCAACAAUGUAAAGUCAAGUCGGCCUGUCCAGGUCUACGGGUUACCUGAGAACAUUGUCAUGAUAUCCACCGCCUAUUUCCACAAUCUGGGUCUGGCCGCCUCUAACCGCCUCUACACGUGGGGCUCGAGCCCGCAAGUGCUGCGUCUGCAGGCGCAAGCGCAGAAGAGAGCACGCGCUCGUGCGCAUGCGCUGCAACAGAUGCAGCAGGACAGUGGGGCGGACGGUGAGGCAGCCACGCCCACUCCCCCCACCACACUCAAUUUGGCCACACCCACCGGGCAGAGCGAGGAGGCGGCUGGCGAGGAUGCUGAUGCUAAAGCAUCGAGACCACACUUCAAAAUGGCGCCGACUUCUAGGUUUGUAACGAUGAACUCCGAGAUGGUGGUCAGCCCUAGCACCGAAAUGAAGGCCCUACCUACGGGUCGAGACAUGCCCUCUAGCGCUUCAUUCACCAUUGAAAAUGGACCAGCCAGUAAUCCAGUUGUGGGAUUGGACGAUGCCUUGGCUCAUCUCAGUCCUACACUUGUCGAUACAUCACAUGUGGAGGGCAGAAUUACCAUGAUAAGUUGCGGAUGUCAUCAUUCUGCUCUGCUGACUGACAAUGGAAGAGUGCAUACUUGGGGCAGGAAUCUGGAUGGACAGCUGGGUAAUGGGGUUAGAACCAAGGAGGCACUGCAUCCUACUCAAAUCAAUAUUGGCAAUUGCGGAUGUCAUCAUUCUGCUCUGCUGACUGACAAUGGAAGAGUGCAUACUUGGGGCAGGAAUCUGGAUGGACAGCUGGGUAAUGGGGUUAGAACCAAGGAGGCACUGCAUCCUACUCAAAUCAAUAUUGGUGAUCCAGUUGAAGCAGAUGUACAGUAUGUGGUUUGUGGGGGUGAAUUCACGUUGUGCAUGGAAUCCAAUGGCAGAGUGAGGGCUUGGGGAUCCAAUGUGAACGGCCAGUUGGGACGAGCUCCAAUCGAGGAUAGUACAAAAACAGGAAUGGUUCUGUUGAAAACAUCAAAACGAAUCAUAAAACUGCCCCAUGGCUCUUUGAACACAGCUGAUUCACCCAAGGAAAUCACUGGUUUGCCUCCUUAUGAACUGUACGAUUCUGGGGAAUCGUCAGUAAAAAUGUACCAGAAUGGAGUGAAGCCAUUGGCUGAUAUGGAGAGCCCCCCUCAUGGAUUGAGAACUCUGCAUUAUGCGUUGCAUCAGUAUAGGGGCUAUUAUAAUUCGACGGAAAUCCUGAAUAAGUGCCUGGAACUUGAAGAUUGGUGCACAGCUUCGAAACUAUUCGCACUGGACGGUCACGUUGAUAGAGCGUUGCGUUAUCGGUUGAAAGCGGUUGCGGCGGCUGCAGCUGUUAACGAUUCAACCGUUUCCACGCCCGUUAAUAAAACGUCAACGGACACAACGUCCAACGUUGAGGACGAUGACGUCACGGUUACUGUCACCACUACUACUGAUGCCACCGAAGGUUCGGAAGACACGGAGACCAGUUCGUCGAGCCCUACAUCGGCGACGGUGACCACUCGGAAGGUGGUGAUGCUCGGUGGUGAACAGGUGGUGAUGCGCAUCCACGAGCCCCGCCAGUGCCGCACCUGUCACCACGUCAUACUGCCCACCAUCGACGACUCCACCACAGACGACACCACGGAUGACAGCGAGAUACACACCUUCGCCGUGCAGGGUGGCACCGAGGAGAUGUCCAGCUGCUCGCAGGACUCGGACACCGCUAAGACAAGCGACACACCUUCGCUGAGCGACGAUGUAUUUGAGUCGGGCAGUGAAACGCCGCUAUCCGACACGCAUACGACAUCCACCACCAAUCAGACAUUUAGUUGCUGCCAGGAAGGCAUCAGAGCGUGCACACACAGACGUCGACAGUCGUCGCUGGUGCAGCAGAGCUCCUACGAGUCGACAGCGACACUCAACGACGAAAAAUUGCCCGACGACAAAAUAAUGUCGGACGCUAAAAUGCCGGAUGACAAAUCGUCGGUCGCGUCUUCUGGGUCGGUUGGUGGCGAUUUUUCGUCGGCGGAGAAAGCCUAUAGGGCUUCUAUUGACAAUUAUGUAAGUGUGGUGGCGUCCUACCUGAAGGAGUACGCAGAUAGUCCGGUGCCUGUUAUCAGGGAUAUCCUUUAUCAGACACUUGAUUUCUGGAUCGAGCAAUCGCUGCCUGUAUCUACAUUGGAGAAUUUUCUGAAAGAGCAUUGGGGCCUGGUUCAUUAUCCUCUAGGGGUUUUGUUGUUUGGCAGCCAACCCUACGAACGAUCAAGUGACGCUGAAAAGAUCCUCUGCAGACUGUCGAUUGACUUUACUCUGCUUCUGUGUAACUCAAUGGUUGAUCACGUCUCGGACAAAAGGAAGCCAUGUCCAGAAAUGAUCGAUAUGUUGGCUGGACUGAGUUGGAAUGGUGCUAUGGACACGGACUGUAAUACUGAUACUGAUACUGACACUGAUGCCAGACUGAACCGUGUGCUAGAUAAUCUGUGUAAUCCCCAAGAGGUGCAGCCUUUCAUUGACAUAUCAUUCCCUGUGAGCGACUCGUGCAGUGGCGAAGUGAUAGCGUUCUCGUGCGGCCACCGCUAUGAGGGUGCCGGCGCUCUGAACAAGGCCACCCUGGGCGCUGCGAACUCGCUUCACUCGCUGCCCGCCACUGCGCAUGCGCUGCAACACCUCUAUCAACAGCCGCAGAUGAUCAGACACUUUGCCUGUCCCACCUGUAUACUCGGCUGCAUAGAGGCUGAGAUACGAUAGAGGAAACAGAUGAUUUCCAAUAAUUAAUCUGGGCGGAGAAGAAAACAAUAAAUUGUUUUAUAUGUGUGUAUUCACACAUAGGGUGCUUUUCAAUGAAUUCGGAUGGAAAAUAAUGAAAUUGUUUUUUUGGGCGUAUUCAUACAUGGGUGCUUUCCAAUUGGAUUGAAAAGAACCCGGAAUUAUACAUUAGUAAUUUGGGCACUUUGUGUGUCUCACCUGCAUACUCGGCUAUAUCGAGGUUGAGAUACGAUAGAGUGAACGGGUGCUUUCUAUUUAAUUGAGUCGGAAAAAAAUAAAAUUGUUUCCUAUGGAUGUGUUCACACAUGCGGUGAUUUCCAAAGAAUUAGAUUAGGAUAUCAUCUCAUCUUCUGGGAAGACUUUGUCCUUAAGCAAGGUUGUCUUAGAACCAGUAACUAUAUCCCACUAAUUCUUGGGGAAAAAGAAUACAAUUGUUUCUGAUGAGCUGAUAACAGACUUGAGCACCAAGAACAUGCGUAUUUCACUUUUCAUCAGCUGAUACUACGCUCAUUAUAUCUUUAUCUUACUGUUUCUGUAUAAAAUACAGAUAUAAUCAGUUAAUGUAAAGUGAAAAUGACGUGGCACUCAUUUAUGUAUGCAGCUUUAGAUGUGUUCACACAUUCGCUGAUUUUUUUAUGAAUUCGAGCAGAAGAAUAGUAGAAUUAUUGUUUCCUAUGAGAAUUUGCACAAAUUGGGUGCUUCUAAAUAUUUUUUUGGGCAGAAAAAGAGUGGAAUUGUUUCUUAUGGGUGUGUUCAUGUUCAUACAUGGACAGAAUGUUUGGCAGUCAAAGUAAACCAGAGUAGGAAGAUUUGAAGUUGAAAUCGAUCAUGAAAAAGUUAAGACUUGUGAAUAAAUUUCAUGAGAAACUAUCAGAGAAGCUUUCAAAUAUGUAUUUUCCUAUUGGUUCUUGUAGCAGAAUCACGAAAAGAUUCAAAUUCAGGAAUGAAAUAUUGCAAUAUUUAUUUAAACAAGUUUUAAAUCUCAAUAUAAAAAUCUCAAAGUUGAAAAUAACGAUUGGAUGAUAUAUUGAUGUAUAAAAUAUGUAAGGUUCUUACAUUGACUCAAUGUUUGGCUAGCAACAUAAACCAGACAAAAAUAUUUGAAUUUGAAAUAUAUUCACAAAAAAGUUUCAAUUAAUGUCAAAGGAUACAAAUUUAGGGCUAAUAUAUUAAAAUAUAAUUACCAAAAUUCAAUACAUACGGUACUGAAAAUCGUUGAUAGAAUAACAGCUAAAUGUCUAAAUUAUAACCAAAUUGAUUGUUACAAAAAAUAAGGGUUUGAAGCUACAAAAAUAAGGCUGCCAAAUCAGAUAACUCGAACUGGUUUUGGUGGCUGAAAAACAAGAACGUAAAAAGUUGUCAACAAAAACGUUUAGUACCGGUUGCACAACAGCCGGUUAAAUUUUAACCGUGAUUAAUUCUACGAGAACCAAUCAGAGAAGCCGUCUUUUCUCUGAUUGGUUCUCGUAGAAUUAAUCGCGGUUAAAAUUUAAUCGGCUGUUGUGCGACCGUACCUUAGUAGUUAUUUGAUUACAAGCGUAAAAGUGACUGUUCAAAAGAAAAUAACAUUGCUUUGAUAGGUCUGAAAAGAACGUCGGAAUGAACUAUAGAAACCCUUAGUUAGUCUCUACUUCAAAUGGUUUCCUUAUCUGCCGAAGAACAUAAUAUACAUUACUAAAACUGUAAUUAGUAAUUAUAUUGCUGAUGAGUUGUGAAAUGUGUCCCAGGGAGUUUUGGUAUUACAAACUGGUCCUUUGAAUUGUUGAAUGUAUAAUUAUUAUAAUAUUGUUAACUUAGGAGUAGUCCAACACCCCGACACUUCCCGAACUACCAGUCUCACUUAAAACCCUCUCACGUUAAGUAAAGAGGUAAAAUAUUAUCUAGUCACUAUUAUUAUUAUUUACCCUGUUGUAUUUACAUGUAGUGUUAAGAUAGAAUUUAUGAAAGACAGUUUCUAUUCCAAUAAUGAGUUAAUCAUAGAAAUGAGGCACGCCCUGAACAAAAAUGCAGGCUCAAUUACCUUACAUAAAAGCUAGAGGUUUUGUGCAACAUGGGGAUAAAUUGGACUGCACAAACAGAAACGAAGCAAGGUCUGAUUGAUUUCUAUGUUAUCCAAAACGUGACCCAGCAUUGUAAUAUCUAAAUUUCUAUUUGCGCCUAUGUUAUUUGGUUUGGAUAAUUACUCUAAAUUGUAAAGGAUAGGAAUUUUGAUAGUUUAUGCAGUUCAUGCAAGCACAAAGUAUUCGUUGUUUAGUUCAUUUCAGCUAGUUGUGUUUUUAGAUAUAUAUUUAGUAUUAGAGAAGGUGGAGUACUUUUUUUAAGUACUUAACUGAAACUUUUAGUUUUUAGACUAUUUUAUUCAAGUGAUUUUUUAAUAAAAAAAAAAGAAUUUUUUGUACACUAUUUGAUGAAAACUUUUAUUUGGUUAUUAUUUGAAAAGAAAUAUUUCUUGUACUCUUUUUAGAGAGAAAAAAUAAUUUGUUGUGCACUAUUUAAUGGAAACUUUUAUUUGGUUGUUUUGAAAUGUUUCAUAUUAAUCCACUCUUUUUAAAAAUAUUUCUCAUAAUGGUUGAGGCGAAUUAUCACUGCUAUCAAUUGUUCAAAUUUAUAAAUGUGUAUUUUAUAGUGUUCUGCCUAGGAGCAGAAUCUAUAUAGAUCAAUGUGUCCGUGUUUCAAGACUCUACAACAGUCUACACUUUUCACAGGAUUCAGUAGUCAAUCUACAAGAGUUUCGAUUCCUGUAGAAUCUAGAUUCAUUGUAUAUUGAUAGCACUCUACACAAUAAACAUCCUAAUUCCGAUGAUGUGCUUAUAUUUUACUGUGGCUUGGUGUAACCCAGUAGCUACUAAACCUAAUCAAAACUGAAGCUAGGUUUUCAAACAUGUUACAACCUAAAUCUUAUCAAAACAUUCUCAAUAUCACAUCAAUUUCCAAAGAAAUAUAUUUUUAAACAUCACAUUUUGUAAUUACUGGCUGUUGUAUCAGUAGAUUUAGAAUAGAAAUAGAUAAGUGUUUGUAUUAUCACCAACAUCAAAACUCCCAAUUAAAAAUAGGCUAAUAGACAUCACACCACAAAUAUUGAUACUGUGAAGUCACCUUUAUUGAUAAUAUUUGAUGUAGUACAAUAAUAAUAUUACAAAUAUUAUUCAUAGUGCUGGUUGCACAAAAGCCGGUUAAAUUUUAACCGUGAUUAAUUCCACGAGAACCAAUCAGAGAAGCCGUCUUUUCAAAAACGCACUUCUCUGAUUGGUUCUCGUGGAAUUAAUCACGGUUAAAAUUAAACCGGCUUUUGUGCCACCGGGCUAUAGUUUUAACAAAUUAUGAUAUUUUAUUCAUUGUUGAUAAAAUGUUACUGAUAUCAAAUUGUGAAACUGUGAAUUCUGAAUUGAUUGUAUACCUGUGAAAACACUUCUUUCUGAAUUCGUCAAGUGAAAUACUACCAAGUAGCAAAUCCAAAGAUUAAUCUGUAGGUAGUCUGUGUGGAAAUAUCCUAUAAUUAGAUUACAUAAUAAUUCUAUUCAUUGGAAAUACUUCUUCUUGUUUUAAAGGCUGAUGGCUAAAACAUUUUUUACUGCAUAUAUCUUUGAUACUUCUUUUUUAGUCUUGUAUCGAUUUCACGUCUUAGAUUUGAAGUGAGAAUUCGUAACUAUGUGGUUGAUAUUUUAUGAAGAUCGAUGUCACAAAUUAUCAAUAUAGCAUAGUUUUACCCUUCAUCAAAAUAGCCAGAAUAUGUUAUUAGGCUACUUUCAAUUUAUUUCAUAUUCUCCUCAUAGUUUAUACCCAUCAAGAAAUUAUUUUACCACGAUGAUUAUAUUGAUUAUCAAGUUUUCAAUACUAAACACUUAUACCUUUUAUUGAGGAGUUGUGAUCCAAAAAUAAUCAUUAUUCAGCAAAGAGUUUUUAUAGAACAACCUUUUGUUUUAUAGAACAUCUCUGCAAAUACGAGUACUUUGUUACCAUAGAGUUUACUCAUGAAUAUUUAUUACAGUAUAUGUAGGAUUCUAUUAUUUUAUGAGGUAUUAAACUAAUCCACUUACAUACUUUAUAUUUCAAGUCAUUAAGGUGACCUACUACUACAUUGUUUCUACUGUACUUGGAAUAAAUAGUUGUAUUAAUUUUAGGAAGCUUAUAUGUCGAUGUGAAACAUUUUUUACUAUUAAUUAGAUUAGCGCUUGCCAAAAAUAUCAAUCAAAUGCUAGUUCUGAUUUUUCAAGUUUUGGAAAAGCAAUAGAAUGUGCUUAACUUACCUUGGUAGUAGGGUGAGAAUAGUAAAAUCUUGAUAUUUAUUUUUAAAUAACACGUUUAUGUAGGUGUUUUGAACAUUUUGUUUUUCUAUCUCACGGAACUGUUUUGUUGAUAAAAAUUGUAUGACUAAGUCUGGUCGAUUCAAAGCCAAUUAUUCGCAUUUUCAAAAUUAUCUCUCGAAUCGCAAUAAACUUCAAUUAUUGAAU